AAAUGGGGCGAGGGAGGGCAGAGAGAAAGAGAGAAGCAUAGAGCAAGUGAGGGAAGCAGGCAAGUGACUCUCUCUCUCUCUCUUUCGCUCUCUCUUGCACAGACACACACACACUCCCAUACACAUUCGCACCAGCUGUGCUGUUGUCAGUCUUGGAAUGUAAGCACUGCCGUGAGGAGUCAGAUUCUCCAUCGCUAAGCACUGCUAAGGAGUAGGAACACAGCACUGUGCACUCAGUGACACAGAUGGAUGCUAAGCUGUAAAACUCAAAAAGGGAUCCAAAGGACAUCAAAGAGAGGAAUACAAUGUCUGUUCUGUUGACACUGCCUUCCAGUGUUCAUCCUAUCAGAAGCUCAUUACCAUAAUUCAGAAGUCAUCCAGGACAUUUCCCAGCUGAUUGGAUACCAUGAUAACCAAUCAGGUUCUGCUUCUCCUGAUGCUCUCUAUCCUGUGGCCCAGUACUGCCCUGCCUUUCACACCCGGGAAUAUUGGGAAUCUGUUUGGGGUGCCAGAGAGUGAUGGCAGGAUUCUUCAGCGCUCCAAACGUGGAUGGAUGUGGAAUCAAUUCUUUCUGCUCGAGGAGUACGCAGGAAAUGACCAUCAAUAUGUCGGCAAGCUGCACUCCAACAUGGACAAAGGUGAUGGCAAUGUGAGGUAUGUUUUGACUGGAGAAGGGGCAGGCACCCUGUUCCUGAUUGAUGAGAAGUCUGGGGAUAUUCAUGCCACCAAGAGGCUGGACAGGGAAGAGAAAGCUAUGUACACGCUCAUUGCAAAGGUCCUGGAUAGGAAAACCAAUGCAGAGCUGGAGCCUGACACUGAAUUUAACAUAAAAAUCCACGAUAUUAAUGACAAUGAGCCAAGGUUUGCAAAGGAAAUCUACUUCGCCAGUGUCCCUGAAAUGUCUGAAGUUGGUACAUCGGUUGUCACCGUGACUGCCAAUGAUGCUGAUGAUCAGACGUAUGGGAACAGUGCCAAGCUUGUAUAUAGCAUUCUACAGGGACAACCAUAUUUCUCUGUGGAUUCUGAAAAUGGCACCAUCAAGACAGCCCUGCCUGGCAUGGACAGAGAAGUCAAGGAAAACUACCAGGUUGUUAUCCAAGCUAAAGACAUGGCUGGACAGAUGGGUGGGCUUUCAGGGACAACUACAGUCAGCAUCACCCUCUCCGACGUGAACGACAGUCCGCCACGCUUUGCUAACCAUUCCUUCCGUGUGACGGCUGUGGAGUCGACAGAGAUUGGAGGUGCCAUUGGACGUAUUAAGGCUGAUGAUCCAGAUAUCGGGCGGAAUGCUGAGAUGGAGUACAGUAUCGUCGGUGGUCAUGACACGUUCAACAUUAUCACUGACCAAACCACACAAGAGGGAGUCAUCAUAAUCAAAAAGGCACUGGAUUACGAAAAUAAGAGGGACUAUGAGUUCAGAGUGGAGGUGAAAAACACCUACUUAGACGCAAGGUUCAUCCACGGUUUGCAAUUCAAAGACUAUGCCACAGUCAAGGUAACAGUAGAGGAUGUGGACGAGCCUCCUGUUUUCACCAGGAACCCUUACAUCAUCGAGGUGCAUGAGGACACAGCUGCUGGCAGCUUCGUCGGUGUGGUGUCGGCCAGGGACCCUGAUGCUGACAACAAGCCAGUCAAAUACUCCAUUGAUCGGCAUACAGAUCUGGAGAGGCUGUUCAACAUUGAUUCUGUGAACGGCACCAUCACAACACUGAAAGCAUUGGACAGAGAAAUGUCAAAAUGGCACAACAUCUCUGUGGUGGCCACUGAAAUAAAUAACCCACGUCAGACAACUCGAGUGCCUGUGUUCAUCAAGGUGUUAGAUGUCAAUGACAACGCCCCUGAGUUUGCAAUGUCCUAUGACACAUUUGUCUGUGAGAAUGUCAAAGCAGGACAGCUGAUUCAGACCAUAAGUGCUGUUGACACAGACGAACCCCUUGUUGGACACAAGUUUGUCUUUAGCAUAAGUUCCACCAAUCCAAACUUCACAAUUGUUGACAGGGAAGAUAACACUGCCAAUAUCCUGACGCGGAGGGGAGGUUUCAGCCGGCGUGAGAUGAGCAUGUACUUCCUGCCUGUAGUGAUCUCAGACAAUGACUACCCGAUUCAAAGCAGCACCAGUACACUGAUCGUACGCGUGUGUGCUUGUGACAGCCGUGGAAACAUGCAGUCGUGUAACCCCGAGGUCCUGCCCUUCUCAGAUGGUCUCACAACUGGAGCUCUAGUGGCCAUCCUGCUCUGUGUCAUUAUUCUCCUCAUGAUCGUGGUGAUGUUUGCUGCCCUGAGGAGACAGAGGAAGAAGGAGCCUCUGAUCAUCUCCAAAGAGGAUGUCAGAGACAACGUUGUCAGCUACAACGAUGAAGGGGGCGGAGAGGAGGACACUCAGGCCUUUGAUAUCGGCACGCUGCGCAACCCAGAGGUGAUGGAUGCUAACAAGCUGCGCAGGGACAUCAUACCCGAAAUGCUGUUUCCCUUUCGGAGGACAUCACCUAUAAAGGAUAACACGGAUGUCAGAGACUUCAUUAGCGGGAGGCUUCAGGAGAACGAUUCUGAUCCAACAGCGCCCCCCUAUGACUCCCUGGCCACGUAUGCGUAUGAGGGCAGUGGGUCACUGGCAGAAUCCCUCAGUUCACUGGAGUCUGCUGCCACUGAGGGGGACCAUGAUUACGAUUACCUCAGCAACUGGGGACCACAGUUCAAAAAGUUGGCAGAGAUGUACAUAGGGAAGAGCCCCGACAGAGAGAACUAGACAGAGACUUGAUGGUCUCUCUUUUUCCAUUCCCAUUUUUUUUCCUAUCUGUUUAUCUAGCUAGCUAGCUAGCCACGCAGCUAUUUGUCUAGUUAGUUAGUUAGCUAGCCAGCUAGUUGACCGUCUGUCUACCUAUCUAUCUAUCUAUCCAGCUAUCUAUCUGUUUAUCCGUCUAGUUUGCUAGCUAGCUAGUUCGCUAGUUAACUAGUAGUCUGUUUGAAUCUCACACACGUGCGUGCGCACGCAAAGACACACAAAGACAGCAAUUCCUGCAAUCCACUUGUGGAUGCUAAAAGGGAAAUUAACACUUGAACUGAGUUGAGCUUUCUCAUUAAUGGAGAUAGAGUAUACUUCUCAAAGUUUUACUGUUUUUGGUCAUAAUCAGUGAAGAUGCCUUUGACUUGUAGGAUUUUUUGUGAACUAUGGUGUGGACAAUGUGUUUUGUAAUUGACCUGAGAGAUAGUAGUAUUGUAUACUAUCAAUGUUUAAUAGCAUUGGACUGGUUUUGGGUGGGUGAGAGAAGGAGUCAAGUGGUUUUUCCAGCCACCUCCAUUAAAUACUGUAAAUCUACAAAGUGUUUUUAAUGAUGGACAUCCUAUAUGCUAUUUGCUAUCUUUGUUUGACAAGCAAUGUUCAUGUGAGUGGUUGGUGCAGUUUAUUUGUCAAACUGUGAAUUCAUUUAAUCAUAUAGGUGUAAUAUGUAAUGGAAAGUAUGUUGUAGGAGAACUGUCAUACAUUGACAAUUCAUACUGUUUGAAUGCUGAGUCAUAUUGUUUAUAUUUAUAUUUUUAUACUUAUUUUCUUAAUAAAAUGAUGUAAAAAAAAUAAUCAGCUACAGUUUCAGUCCAUUGUCUUAAUGUGUGGUUUUUAAAAGGCUGUUGCUGUAGAUGUUGUAUAGACAUAUUAAGGACAAACACAAUGACAGUUUCCUGAAGAAAAGCAAGUAUCCAAAUGUCAUGCAGUUUGCGUGUUGGGAAAACUGUUCCACCCACUGUAAAUAUCAAUGGAGAUGUGGUUGAUCAAAACAUUUACAGAAUUCUCUAGGUACGCAGUGGGAUGAUACAGGCCAUUUUGAGAUGUAUUAAAACUGUUAGGCCUAGGUCAGUGUACAUGGCGGGGAUUACAUAACAGCAUUGCAUUUUCAGUUGCUUUUUUUGUAUCUGGGUUAGUAUUGUUACAAUUUAUAGUUUUCAGAAUAAAACACAGAGGGUAAAACAUGUAUAGAGACCCAGAAAAAAGAAAAGUAAGACCUCUAAUCUUUAUUUAUUUAUCUAUGGUAUAUCAACAUUGCAAUAACUAAUUUCCCUUGACUGAAAACAUCAAAUUAAUUAGAGAAUCUAGCUGUCUUGUUAGCAUAACCAUUUCCUCCUGAAGUUGACAAGCUGCCUGAAUUCAGCAAAGAUGUAAGAGGUGCUAACUUGGGUUUUGACAGACGAAUAUCCCUACAGAGGUGGAAUGUAGUAAGUAAUGCAGUGCUCUGUAUACUUGUGGGAUGUAUUUUGUAUGCAGAUUUAAGAUGAAUCUAAUCUGUAUUUGUAGCAACAUUUAAGGCCCAGGACAUGGUGCAUUGCCCUCUACAGUGCAUCUCAUUUUGACUGGAGUUGGACUUGGAUAUUCUCUCUUCUUCAAAAACUGACUUUAAGAAGAAGGGUUUCUUGUUAGCUAUACCCACUGAGACAUCACGAAUGAUACUUGAGGAGCAAGAGUCAUUGUGUGGUACAUCAAUGAUAAAUUAUCUCUCAACUGUGUGCUUAAUGGUGGCCGGGUUGGCUCAGUGGUAGAG